AUGACGGAGGUAGACGUGCGGCCGCAGCGCGCCCACCACAGUCUCGGUGGACCGGAACCCUCCAGCCACGCAGAGAUUGUCGACGUAGCGGUGGUUGGUGCUGGCGCCGCUGGCCUCACCGCAGCUCGCAGCCUGUCCGCUCACGGGCUCCGUGUCGUGGUGCUCGAGGCUGGGUCCAAGGUGGGUGGCCGAGUGCUGGCCGACAAAUCACUCGCACCGUGGCCCCUCGAGCUCGGGCCCGAAUUUCUCCACGGCGAGCAUCACAACGCGCUCCUGCGGCUGGUCGCCGACGGCAUCGAGGGCAAGCCAGAGGCGUCGCUGGUCGAGCUCGAGUGGCCGAACUACUACUUUUUCGGAAAGGAGGCCGUCCUGAUGCUAGCGGAGGAGGCGGACGAGCAGCCGGACGUCGCACUGAUGCACGAGAGCUUCGAGAAGCUCGGCGAGAUCUCGCCAGCCACUUUCUCGGCUCGUGAGAUGGCUCCUCCGCCCUGCGGAGCGGAGGCGGAGGGGGAGCCGACGCUGCUGCAGUACUUUGCCAGCUGCGGCCUCUCCUCGCGCGUGCUCGACCUGGCCGAUGCCAUCUUUGCCAACGAUUACGGCGCGGACAUGUCGGAUGUCGGGCUGCACGAGGUGAUGCACGAGCAGCGCCACUGGACGUACGGCGAGAAGUACCUGGACGCGAUGGAGUCGCUCGGUCGCGGCCUGGACGUGCGAACAGCGUGGCGCGUGCAGCGCAUCGACGCGUCUCCGACCGGCUGGGGCGCGGACGGCGCCGCCGUCGAGCUCAGCGCCGCCGACGGCCGAGUGGCAGGAGCGAUCCGCAAGCUCAAGAUGGGGUCCGCGCUCAAGCUGAUGCGGCCCGACGCGGCGCCGCCCUACACCAUCGUCGGCUUUGUGGCGGGCGCGCGGGCGGAGCGGGUGGGGAGGCUGCCGCACGCAGACAUCGCUCGCCGGAUGCUCGCCCAGUUCGAUGGGAUGUUUGGCAGCGGCGACGACCCCCACCCCGCGAGCAGCAGCUGCGACGGCUUCCUCGUCAAGGACUGGGCCGCCCACCCCCACGUCCACGGCGCCUACUCGCACCCGACGCGCGGCGCGCAUGGCGCGCGGCCCGCGCUGGGGGAGGCGGCGCACGGCUGCAUCUUCCUCGCGGGCGAGGCGUGCCACGCCGGCGUCAACCCGUGCAUCCACGGCGCGAUGGAGACGGGAGAGCAGGCGGUGCUGGUCUUCCCUACAGCCGCAGUCGCGGAGCCGGCUGUGGGUGUCCUCCGCCUCCAGCUCAGCCGCCGCAUCGAGCUCCGCCUCAUACGCGUGUGGCUGUGGGCGACGGAGCCGCCGCUGCGGCCUUCCGCCGUCGGGGCGACGGCGACGGCGGCAGCGGGCCGGGCGGCGGCGGCGACGGUGGCGGUGGUAAGGGCGGCAGCAGCGAAUAAGGCGGCGGCGAGGGCGGCGGCGGCGGCGGAGGAGGCGGGCUCGGUGGGGGCGGCGACGGUGGAGGCGGCGGGGCGGCGGCGGGCGGCGGCGGCGGCGAGAGGGGGAGGCCACGACGGCGGCGGCGGGCUGCGCGGCGGCGGGCUGGGCGGCGGCGACGACGACGACGGCGGCGGCGGCGGCGGCGGCGGGCUCGGUGAGGGCAGCGACGGUGGAGGCGGCGAGGGAAGCGGCGGGCUACACGGCGGCGGCGAGGGCGGCGGCGGCAAGGACGGCGGCGGCGAGGGGGGAGGCGGUGACAGCGGCGGCGGGCUGGACGGCGGCGGCGACAGCGGCGGCGGCGACGGCGAUCUGCUUCUCCUCGCGGCCUCCGUCGAUGGGAUCCUGUCGGCAGCCGGGCGGCGGCCGGACGGUUCGUGGCGGUGUCAGCCAUGCUGGACCGGCGGCAGCGAGGCCGACGGGCGUGGCUGCGGCGACAACGGCGGCUUGGCCCGUGACGGCGACGGCGCUGACGGCAGAGCAGCUGCGGCCGGCACGGGCGGGUGCGGCCGAGCAGCGCGGCGCUCACAGCAGGCGGCCGGCGUGGCGGCGGCGACGGCGCCGCACGAGGAAGCGGUGGCGCAGCCGCGCAUGACAGGCUGCGUCGGCACGGGAGGCGCUGCGGGCGGGAAGGUGGAGCGGGCUGCGGAGCGGCAGAUUAGUGGCAGUGGCGACGGGCGGGGCGGCAGCGAGCAGGGUGGCGAGUGA